AUGAGAAUUCUCCCAGGUCUCGGCCUGUCUGGUUCGCACGAUGUCGAUUUCGAGACCAAACUUCUCGGCGAGUUGAGCCACGAAUGCUUGUGCCGAUAUCACAGCGACGACGAAACUGCAAAGACCUUGGUGGAGCAGUGGAAGACGGCUUUGAAGAAGGCCAGUUCGCAAUAUCAGAAGACGGAGCGAACUACAUCAAAGGAAUCUUUGAGCACGGAUUCCGUGGCUCAUCACGCUCGAACGCAGUCGCCGCCCCUGAGUUCCACAGAAUCGGAGGAGACAACGGAAGUCAUGCCCAAGGACCACCCGGAAGACUCUACGGUACUAAAGCAAGAGGCCAUCGUUGAACAAACGAUAGAGCAGUCAAUAUCUGCCAGUUCUCCUAGAUUAAACUCCACCGAGUCAGCAUCACCGCCAGCGGGGAAAACGCCCCCAAAGCUGGACUUUUCUACCCCCGUUCCAGGCGCAACACCGUCCAAAUCGCCAGAAGUCAGCAAGUCUACACCUUUAUUUGACUUCACUCAGCUCUUCCAGACCCCUGGCUCCCACAAGCCUACAGUCAACCCACACAAAGGCACACCUGCCCCAGCGGCCUUCAAAUAUGAUCAGUCUAGAACACCCGGCACCUCCAGCACAGCAGACAUGUCGCACUCUUCACUCGCAAGUCUUAACCCUAACGAGAAUAGCCCUUCCUUUGUCUUCACAAGUUCAUCGACUCCUUCUAGGCCUCCAGCCGACACAGAGGGGAGCCUUCCCAAGUCUGAAAAUCCUUUCCGAUACUCCGGGAGCCCUAUUCGCGAGGCUGGGCAGCGAAUUAUAAAGAGUCUAAGGGAGGUUGGGGAUAUGGAAGUGCCGAACGAGCUAGACGGUGAUAUAUCAGGGUUGGGGCAGAGUAUUGAGAGAUUGCGGCUUCGUCUUGAGAAGGGACGCACACUGUGCCGCAGUGGACCAGAUGCGGGCUCUGAAGGUGAUGAUGAGACUUCUGACCAGGAUGGAAAAAAGAAGGAUGGAGUGAAGGAGGAGGACUCUCCCUCUUGCGUCAUCACCUGCCGCCCUACCCGGCGCAUUCAGAACGCCUCGGAGGAUUGUGCACAAAUUGUCCAAAAGGCCAGAGAACUUUCAAACCAGCGCAACGUUUUAUCUGCAUUACAGUUUCACGUCCUUGAUCAGCGAUUCCAGGAAGUCGCCACGGCUGCCGACAACACCUACUCAUGGAUUCUUGAUGGCCAGGACGUCACACCCUCAGGCGACUUCCAAGAACACGAGUCGAAGUUGAAAGCCGUUCAGCUUGCAGAUGAGUGGCUUCGAAAAGGCGAUGGCGUAUUGCACAUUUCCGGAAAGCCUGGGGCCGGAAAAUCAACGCCCAUGAAAUUUCUCUGCGAACAUGAGACUACCUACGAGAAAUUGGGAGAGUGGGUUGGCGAUGUCAGGAAGUUGGUGCUUGGAAAGUUCUUCUGGAGACAAGGCACUCCCUUACAGAAAAGUCUGUCAGGCCUGAAGCGUGCCCUGCUAUACAGCGUCCUGAAGCAGUUCCCAGAAUUCAUCGAAACCAUCUUUCCACAGCAUCGGGACCCUUCGGAAUAUCAACCCGGAAUUCAGCCUCCGGCGCUUUCCAUUAACAACAAGGAGAUCUCGGACGGAUUAAAUCAGCUGCUGUGUAGUCCCGAUGUUUAA